AAAUGAACAUGAAAAUAUUCAGGGACUUCAGUAGCUUGGUGAAAUUGAGCAGUGAAGCACCUCUUACCUACGGAAUCAAACGUGCCCGGUGCUCCUAGACGAUCAAAGUGGAAGUUUACAGAUUUGAUGAAUGUAAAAUGGGUCUGAAAAUCGGAGGCGAAGUGGAAAAGGUGGACGGGAAACUACUGAGUUACACCGAUUUUGUUGAAAAAUACCUGGUUAAAAACCAGCCCGUAAUCCUCACCGGGCUUAUGGACCAUUGGCGGGCCUGCAAAGACUGGGUUUUGGACAACGGAGACCCAAAUUUUCGUUUCCUCUCCACAUACUUUGGUAAUUCCAGAGUUCAGGUUGCGGAUUGUGGAAUGAGGGAAUUUACGGACCAGAAAAGGAUGGAAAUGUCGGUUUCGGAGUUCAUUGAUCAAUGGACUCAGCUUUCUGCUGCUAGGAAGGAUAGUGGGUCUGAUGGCAAUUCACUAUUGUAUUUGAAGGAUUGGCAUUUUGUUAAGGAGUAUCCAGAUUAUGUUGCCUACAGCACUCCAAAGUUUUUCUGUGACGAUUGGUUGAAUCUGUAUCUUGACAAGUACACAAUGCAUAAUGAUCCUGACACUUGCCAAAACAGAAAUGAAAUUAUCUGCUCUGACUAUCGUUUUGUGUACAUGGGAGCAAAAGGUACAUGGACACCACUUCAUGCUGAUGUUUUCAGGUCAUACAGUUGGUCAGCUAAUGUGUGUGGCAGGAAACAAUGGUAUUUUCUACCUCCAAGUCAGCGUCACCUUGUGUUUGACAGGCAUAUGAAGUCUUCUGUGUACAAUAUCUUUGAGGAAGGCUGCAAGUCGAAUUUCACCGGUUUUGAGGAGGCUAUAUGGUGGGAAUGCACUCAGGAGAAAAACGAAAUAAUCUUUGUCCCCAGUGGGUGGUACCAUCAAGUUCAUAAUCUGGAAGAUACAGUAUCAAUUAAUCACAACUGGUUCAAUGGCCACAAUAUUUCUUGGGUGUGGGAUUUGCUUUUGAGAGAGUAUCAUGAGGCGAGGGAGUAUAUUGAAGACAUCAAGGACAUAAGUGAUAAUUUUGAGGGGCUUUGCCAACGAAAUCUUGCAGCUAAUGCAGGAAUGAAUUUCUACGACUUUUUCGUUUUCAUGGUACGCUUUUCCUUUGCCAACUUGGUCCUUCUCUGCAAUCUUACAAAUACGAAAAAAUUGAGCUGGAGUUCAUCUGAAGUUGUUCCGCUAGUGAUUUUCAACCUUAAAUCUACACAAUGUAUUGCUUUGGAGAUGGAAUCCACUGGCCAAUGGAAAAACUCUGGUGUCACCAUUGAUCUCAGGGAAACCAUGGAGGAUCAAACAUUUAUGGAAUUCUGCAAUCUUAUGGCAAGAACAUAUGGCGCUAUAUAUGAGCAGUCUGAAAAGAAAUCUGACACAGACAAAGCUGUAUUGGAAGAUAUGGAAUUAAGUUUCUUUGAUUUUUCUGGUUCUCGUAUCUGUACACCUGAAGAUCUAGUUACAUUUAUAGACUGUGCUCUCAAACUCAGUUGAACUAAAACUGGAUGGACGCAGAAUCAGUACUCUUUUACAAGGAUUAAUGAAGUUGCUUUUUAGGGAGAGGGAUAGGAUUCUUUAAGUUGUUUUCAGGUGCGUCACAACUGAUAUUCACCUAUAUGGAGAUAUGUUGCUCCAACAGAAAGAACUUAUUCAGGCUGCAUUUUAAUGAAUGCUUGGAUUCUUGACUCUUGAACGUGAAUUAAGGCAUAGGUUAUGUUCUUGCAAUUCUGAAGAAUGCCCGGUAUAGUAGGCUCUCGACAAGAUUAAGGAAUCAGGUAUGUUCCUGCAAUCUCAUGUAAGAAAGCUGAGUUAUGAAUUCCGGGUUGAUCCACUCCUGCAUCCUUUUGGUCGUCAUUUCUUAAAACCUCCAAUAUAUGCAAUAGCUUGUUCAGUAAGGUCUAUUGUACAAUAUUGGAUAGCAUAAAGAUACCAGAAACGACCCUAUCUAAUAUUGCAUACUAAACAAGCUCUUAAUGCUUUACUAUUUGCAUUUUUGAGGUGAAUGUUACGUACUCGUGUCCCUUUUUGAUUA